AUGGUAACAGGCCAAUCAUUCGUCCUCUACUCGCGUCUGCACCUCGUAGUCCGCAAACGGCGCACUCUUCGCCUCGUGCUCUCCAUGAUCAUCAUCGACGCCGUCGUUCUCCACACACCCACCAUCGUCCUCACUAUUGGCUCCAACGGCCCUUCAGGCGCCCAUUUCGCCCCAAUCUUCAACGUCAUGGAGCGCAUCCAACUCGCCAUCUUCUGCAUCCAAGAAUUCAUCAUCUCAACCAUCUACAUCUUCUGCACCGUCCGCCUUCUCAAAUCCAUCUACCACACCAAAACCCGCUCCGUCAUGAUGGAACUCAUCAUUAUCAACUUCGUCUGCCUCUCCAUGGACGUCGUCCUCGUCGCCCUCGAAUACAGCAACAACUACGUCGGCGAAACCUCCGCGAAGGCCAUGCUGUACGCCAUCAAGCUGAAACUCGAAUUCGCAGUCCUCAACCAACUCAUGUCCCUCACCUCCCGCGGCCUCACAGAAGAGAACUACAACACCCGCCCCUCAUUCACCGCGCGCGGUAACAGCGACCCCGGAGCCAGCCACGCCCCGAACGCCGCGGCGGCGUAUCCCCGCAACGCGAGCACAACCACCACCACCACCCCUGCCGCUGGUAUCUGGCGAAGCGGCCGCGGAGGAGACGGAAUGCGGAAUCGCACGCUCAUCCACGACAUCGAUCCCCGCGCUGCGGAUACACCGAAAUUGGCGAGCUGGAAGAGCAGGAGGGUCUGGAACGGCAGUUUCUCGCGCAAUGAUGGCCGGGGCCGGACGUGGGGCGAGCUUCAUCACGACGAGCGGGAGGCGGGGAAGAAAGGGGUGGGGGGGUUUUGGGGGAAGGGGGGUGGCCGCCUUUGCCGCUACCGUUGGGGAGGGUGA